CGGCGUUGUCGUCGCGUCCCUCCCUUUAAACAGUUGCUUUUUUCUCUUCAGCGUUCAGCGACCGUCGGCGCCAUAUUGACGAUUACAACGCUUUCUGCAAAACCCUGAAAAACACCGUUUUUGCCAAAAUGCUGUACUUAGAGGACUAUCUCGAAAUGAUCGAGCAGCUACCCAUGGAUCUCCGCGACAGGUUUACGGAAAUGCGCGAGAUGGACCUGCAAGUGCAGAAUGCUAUGGACCAGCUGGAGCAGCGAGUUAAUGAGUUUUUUUCCAACGCUAAGAAGAACAAACCUGAAUGGAGGGAGGAGCAGAUGGAGGUUAUUAAGAAGGACUAUUAUAAAGCGUUGGAAGAUGCAGAUGAAAAAGUCCAGUUAGCCAAUCAAAUCUAUGAUCUGGUGGAUCGGCAUUUGCGGAAGUUGGAUCAGGAGCUUGCAAAAUUCAAAAUGGAGCUUGAAGCGGACAACGCAGGCAUUACAGAGAUCCUGGAAAGACGAUCGCUGGAAAUGGACAGUCCUUCACAACCUGUCAAUAACCAUCACGUUCACUCACACGUCGCUGGAGAAAAGAGGAAGUACAGCGCGCCAACUCACCACACUACUGAGCAUGUGCCAGAGAAGAAGUUUAAAUCCGAAGCUCUGCUCUCGACACUCACAUCAGAUGCCACCAAAGAGAACACGCCGGGCUGCAGAGUAAACAACACAUCCUCGUCGUCCAACAAUGUGUAUAAUGUGAACUCCUCUCAAUCUCUGUCCUCCUACAACCUGAGCUCUCUGCCAAUGGGUCCAGCAGCCGGUGCAGGGGCCAUCAGUAUGGCUGCCGCUCAGGCAGUGCAGGCCACAGCACAGAUGAAGGAGGGCAGGAGGACGUCGAGUAUGAAGGCUUCCUAUGAGGCCAUUAAGAACGACAUCCUGGCUCGAGACUUUGCUUCGAGCAGAGAAUCUUCUGGCUACAUGUCCUCGACUCUGGCGUCCACUCUCACACAGAACCUGACCACCAGCAACAGCUCAGACUCCCGCGCAGGACGGAAGAGCAAAAACAACAACAAGUCUUCCAACCAUCAGUCCUCGUCAUCCUCGUCCUCUUCUUCCCUGUCUUCCUGUUCCUCCUCCUCGGCUCUGGCUCAUGAGCUGGCCCAGCAGACGGCUGUGUUACCUGAGAGUGACAGCAGUGGCCAAGUGGACUGGACUUAUGACCCCAACGAGCCCCGCUACUGCAUUUGCAACCAGGUGUCUUAUGGUGAGAUGGUUGGCUGUGAUAACCAGGAUUGUCCCAUCGAAUGGUUCCACUACGGCUGUGUGGGCUUGACUGAGGCACCCAAAGGAAAGUGGUAUUGCCCACAGUGUACUGCAGCCAUGAAGAGGAGAGGAAGCAGGCAUAAAUAAACAUUCAUCACGCCAGAGCUGACCCCAAAAAACUCUCAACCCAUUCUCACUGCCUGAUUCUACCCCUGUUCUCCUCGUACAAAAAAAAAAAAAGAGAGAGAAAGAAUGAAAAACUGUGCGGGAGAAGUCUUCAAUGUGAUUUCCAGUUUGUAAAAUGUGAAAAUUAUCUUUUAAGGAAACUGUGUGUAAAUGUAAGACGAGACGGGACCUUUAAUUUUUAACUUCGAGUAAAGUCCUGAUCGGUGUAGGGGAGGGUUGUUAAUAUGCGUUCAACUCUCAGACAUUCCUCAGCUUGCCAUGCGUGAUGGUAAGGGUCGUAACCUCCAGCACAAAUUGGUGCAUCUCACUCCUAUUAAUCCAUAUUUGCAGAGACGAAACAAAUGGAAAUGUAAACUUUGGACCCCUGGAAAAUCACAUGACGCGCACGAUGCCUCUGAAUGAGAUGGCACUGAAGAUACUGGUGUUUUCUGGAAGUAUUUGUGUGUUUAGUACACCAGGGGCUUUCAAUCCAAGCCCUGGAGUUCCCCCUGCACUGCUGAUUUAGUGUUUUCCCUGCUCUAAAAUGCACAUUUUUAAACUCAUGCAGGGUUCAGUAAUGAGCUAGUGAGUGGAUUCAGGUCUGUUGGGAGCAGGUAAAACACUAAAUGCCCUGUACCGCUGCACUUCAUGACCAGAAAUAUGAGAUGCGCUGCAGUAGGUAUAUUGAAAUGUGCUUCACUUGGGAAUGAAACCUCAUAUCACCCAAGACAUCACACAAGGAAUUUGUGCUUAUCUGUAAGAGUGCAUUUCUUUACAUAUUAGUCAGGAUGUCAUUCAGUAGAAUGCACAAAUGAAAACAAAUGUAUUUUAUAAAAAAAUAAAAAAUUUGCACACUUGCAGAUAAGCAUACUAUUUUGGCUGGGCCAUUAAAGCCAGGUGCUGCCAGGUGUACUAUAAGAAAGAACACAGUGAUUUUGUUUGUGUGUGUGUGUGUGUGUGUGUGUGUGUGUUAUGAUGUGAUGUGUACAUGAUGUGUGUGAAUGUGUAGUCUGGCCUGCACUGAAUUGGUGACUUAAAGUUUCCUGAUGGGGCGAAAAAAAAUAAAACGAUCAAUAAUUUUGCUA